AUUUCAAGCUCUCUUUAGCGGCGCGCACCAGAGAGCGAGCAGGAACGGGCCGUCCCACGACGAGGCGCGUCCGUGGUGGGGUGUCAGCCGUGGCUUAUCUGGCGACUUUAUGUAUAUUACGAUACCCGAGGCAGGAACACGAGCAGUUCACUGCUGGCUAACCGGUCGGAGAAGUCGGCGAAGCCGAGUCGUCCGCGCGGCGUGUCUCGCCGAGUGCACGAGCGAAAGAGUGGAAAAAACGUGUUUUCGUUUGCUAUUCGAACGAGAAGCCGUGCCUCCCUUUUUUUUCUUUUCUUUCGUUUCUUUCGCGUGUGUGAAAUAAAUAAACAUCGCGGGAGUCCCGCUCGCGCCCGCGAGCAACGACGUGUGGACAUCAACAUAGCGCACGGAUCGGCCGGACGGGUUCGGCAAGCCGAAUUGAACGGAGCGUUUCGGUGCUGCUCAGCGCGGAUCAUCACUUCGAUCCAGGAUGAUCGUUCUCGCGUGGUGCCUCUUCGUUAUCGUCUCGUUCCUCGUGGCGAGCAACCAGGCCUUCCUCAACGCGCCUUUACCAGCUCACGCGGUGUCGAGUUACAGCCUCGGUGCUGAGAGGCGAAUGGAGAGCAAUAAAGCGACUCACGGCACGAACGACAAUCGUCACUCGGUCGACUCAAAAUCCAACGACGACGACGCCGACGCCGACGGCGGGACGGUCUACGUGAUUGCAUUCGAGGGGAAGGAGGAGAGCGCGGAGAAAGAAAGGGACACGGAAGAGAGCGGUCCCCAUUUUGUUGUAGUCAACGGCGACCUGCAGAACCCACUGGACCCGUGGUCGAUAGUCUGGUACAUCGGCUCGUUUGGCGGCCUGGUGGCGUUUUUCCUCAUCGUCAGCUGCUCCGAGUGGUGCUGCCGACGGGGCGGUCGACCUCUGGCAGUGCCCUACGCGCAACGCGCCGAGACGAUAAACACAACCGGUGUCACGGAGACCCCGCCGCCGCCUUAUCACCUGUUCGCCCCGCCUUCUUACGAUUCCGUCAACUACGGCGAGAUCGUCGACAAGACGUCUGGCGAGAAGCUGGACAUCUACGUGAUUUCGGUGCCGAUCCACAGGCCGAUGGUGCAGGCGCCAGCGUAGGAGACCUUGGAAAGGCUCAUCCUCCUGACGAGGAUCACCGUGCCCGACUCGACAGUGAUGACGAUUGGCAAUCGAUCGCGGAGAAGCGAUCUCGCGAACCCUUCAUUAAACUUGCCGACAAGUUCGACGUUGAAGAGGACCGCACGAGAAAGAAGCCCGGCUGUUCUAGACGCCGUCGUCGCAAUCGUACAAGUAUAAUGACAGAAGUGAUUAUAUACCUAUAUGUGUCUUCGUUAUAGCUGAGGAAUUAACUCACUCGAUGCCAAUGGCAAUGAUGACGAGCAUUAGUCAAGGCAUCGAUGUCAUUCCGAAUCAAACAAGCCGUUUUUUGUAUUUCCACUGAAAGGUGACGGGAUACACCGAAUUCUGAGAAGCAAUUGUAUACGAGAAAUCUCGUCAUCGUACACGUUGAUCUCAAGAAAGAUCAUGAUGACAGGGAAAAUUAUGUCGAUAUAAUUUUAGAUAGAAUUUUUUUUAUGUUUUUCCGGGAAAUUCAGUCAAUUUUUCACGAUUUUACGUAAGAUUCUACGACCAGAAGAAAUUAUUAUCAACAUUUUCCUGGAAACAACGAUCGAGGAAAGAACGAUGACAAACGAUACUAAAAAGAUCUAAGUCAAUAUUUGUGUGGAGAAAUUUAUUACAACGGUAAUAUAUUGUGACGACACUUAGAUAAUAUAUGUGUGCAGUGUGAUGUGUGUGCGUGCGUGUGUGUGAGAAAAGUCGACAACUCGAAUAUUGUCCGAGACAUGUUAUAAAAAGUUGAAAAGUAGGGAAUAGUUCUUAAAAGAAAAUACAUUUGUGAAUUCCUUGAACUGAUGAAUAAUAUGAACUUGAAAACACGUUGUUUAAUUGCAAAGCAAUAAUUAAUUUUAUCGGCCUGCAGAAAGUAGCGAAUCGAAUUGUACACGGCGAUGAUUUAAUCAUCAAUGCGUUUGUGGAAACGUUAAUCGUUUUGUACGUGUGAUGUUAAAGGGAUGUAGUUGAUAGGCGAAAUUAAUGGCAGACCGUGUGAAGACACGUUUCAGAAUAUAUAUGUAAACGGAAUAAAAACACGAUUCAGAGUCAAUCACUGCCAUUCCGAGACGGAACAGUUAACCACAGUAAUCGAAGUUUCUUUUUUAUUGUAUACUUUAGAAAUAUUGCGUCUGUAAAAAGAUAAGCAUCGAUAAAUCUACUAUGUACACACAUACACGUGCGCGCGCACACACAUACACAAUGACUUUGAGAAAUUUCCGUUUUAUUCCUCGUCACACUCGAUGAUAUCGUCAUUGGCGAAUUCGUGUGAGAUGUGGCAUUACAUAUUAAGAGAAUUAAGAGAACUUUACACGUGAUAUCAUCGCAUGCGAUUGGCUCCAAUCGCCUAUCGACUCCGUCAAUUAAGGACGAUUAGUGUAGAUUACAAAUCGACUGCCAUGAGAAGUGUCUCCCCGCGAACGAGGCCGCGAAAAUAAUUUAAGAUAAUAGAGAGCGAGUGUUUGCCGCGGAGCAACUACAACGCGAGUGCAAUUUAAGCGAUAAGAACAAAGACAGAGACAGAGAGAGAGAGAGAGAGAGAGAGAGAUCCUCGCGUGAGCAGCGCGAGAACCGCGGGGAAGAUCAAUUACACGUUAAUUAACAUCGUAUUCACGGACGGAGCUGUCGCGCGACUCCUCGUCGUCAGAAAACACGCUUCUGGCGCGAAAUCGGAUUCAGCAGCACGCGAAACGUCGGCGUGAGUAUCGGCGUGAUUCCAUUUAUAACGAAUCCUCGGCGAAACGAAACCCGAUCGAAUGUGCCAUGUAAAUCCUCCGGGGAACUAGAAGAGAAUUUGAAUUCAAGUCAAAUUGAUCGUGUCACGUUUACGCCAGUAUGAUAUCGAGAUAAACGCGACUAACAGACGCGUGUAACGAAAUCUCGUUCCGACGACGGAGUUCGUUGUAUAGACAAGAUAAUAUUCCAUUAUGCUUAUAAUAAAAAGGAAAAAAAA